AUGGCACCUCUCAACCUAACCCCCUCUUCAAUGUUCAUGCUAACGGGAAUCCCUGGCCUGGAAGCUGCCCAUGUCUGGAUUUCCAUUCCUUUUUCUAUGUUCUACAUUAUUGGCCUGUUGGGAAAUUUCAUGGUUAUAGUUGUUGUAGGCAAAGAGCAGACCCUACAUAAGCCGAUGUAUAUACUGCUCUGCAUGCUGGCAGUCACAGACAUCGGCACGUCUACAUCCAUCGUGCCAAAAGCACUGUGCAUAUUUUGGUUCAAUUUGAAAGGCAUUACUGAGAGUGGCUGCCUCACCCAGAUGUUCUUCCUUCAUCUGGUUUCUGCUAUGCACUCAGCCGUCCUCGUGACAAUGGCCUUCGAUCGCUACGUUGCCAUAUGUAACCCUCUCAGAUAUGCCACCAUCCUCACCAAUGCACGAAUAGCUAAGCUAGGUCUCGUGGGUUUGAUAAGAGCUGUUCUCUUCAUUCUUCCCCUGCCCUUUCUCCUGAGGAGGCUGCCAUUCUGUGCCAAUCGCAUUAUCCCCCACACUUACUGUGACCACAUGGCUGUGGUGAAGAUGUCAUGUGGGGACACCACAGUCAACAGGACAUACGGCUUGGUGGUAGCUUUUGUAGUCGUCGGGUUAGAUCUGAUGCUUGUUGCCCUGUCCUAUGGUCUGAUUAUCAGGGCUGUCCUCAGAAUAUCCUCCAAGAAAGAUUACCAGAAAGCCCUGAACACCUGCACAGCCCACAUCUGUGUCAUGCUGAUUUCUUGUACUCUCUCCCUCUUCUCCAUUCUGACACACCGGUUCGGUCAAGGCAUCGCUCCACAUGUUCACAUCAUCUUGGCCAACCUCUACUUCCUCAUUCCCCCCAUGCUCAACCCUAUCAUUUAUGGGGUCAAAACCAAAGAGCUUCGUGACAAAGUGGGAAAAUACACCAGGAGAAGGUAA